ACCUGCCCGUGAAGGACAUGAUGGGCAGCAGCGACCCAUACGUCAAGGUCUACCUGCUGCCGGACCGCAAGAAGAAGUUCCAGACCAAGGUGCACCGCAAGAACCUCAACCCCAUUUUUAACGAGACCUUCAUCUUUAGUGUUCCGUACGACGACCUCCGCCACCGGUACCUGCAGUUCUCCGUCUACGACUUCGACCGGUUCUCCCGCCACGAUCUGAUCGGGCAGGUGGUCCUGAAGGGCCUGCUCGACAGCGUCGACCUCCUGCAGGAGAUGGAGUACACCAUGAACAUCCUCUGCGCGCCGCAGGAUAAGGUGGACCUAGGCGAGCUGAUGCUGUCGCUGUGUUACCUGCCCACGGCGGGUCGGCUCACUGUCACCAUCAUCAAGGGACGCAACCUCAAGGCCAUGGACAUCACCGGCUCCUCAGAUCCGUACGUCAAAGUGUACCUACUGUGCGAAGGGAAACGUAUAAAGAAGAAGAAAACAACUGUCAAAAAGGCAACGCUGUGUCCAGUCUACAACGAGGCUCUGGUGUUUGAUGUGCCCGCAGAAAACAUCGAGGACGUGAGCCUCAUUGUCAACGUCAUCGAUUAUGACAGGAUUGGACCAAAUGAACUCAUGGGUUGUACAGCAAUUGGUGCAAGCUUUAUUGGUGUUGGUCGCGACCACUGGUUGGAGAUGCUUGACAACCCACGAAAGCCUGUAGCUCAGUGGUACCCACUGCUUGAUUCUGUUCCUGGCCAGAUUCCUUCUACUGGACCACACCCAUUGCCAGCAAGUUUCAGCUGUCUCAACAGCAGAUGAAGAGAAAGUCGCUAAAAUAAACAUGGCACAGAGGAAAACUGGAUGGAGGUUUGCUCAAAAGAGGUACAUUUCCUGAAGAAGGUAACUGGAUACAUGAUACUGAAAUAAAAACUUAGGUAUCUGCACUGUAUGUUCUGAUGGAAUCAAAAAGAUAUGUCUCUAAUGCAGCUCUAUGUACCUCCUACUGUCCAUAAAAGUAAU